UAGCUUUUAUUAAUUAUGCGUUACUUGUUGUUAGAAACCGCGCUGCAUUUUAUGAAGCUGACUACUCCGAAAGUAAUCUUCUGUACUGAGAAACCCGUGAACGUUAUCUUGAGUACAAUAAAAAAGAUUAAUUGCAAUCCAACUAUUGUGGUUUUCGGCAAUCAUCCCGAUGCGAUCUCAUUUUCCGACAUUUUAAACAUGUACAGCGAUGCGGAAGUGGCAAAUUUUCGAUAUGUCGAUGUCGAUGACAUCAAGCAAACGGCGUGCAUCAUGCACUCGUCAGGCACCACGGGAAUGCCAAUGCCGAAGGGCGUGGAAAUAUCCAAUUAUAGUCUAUUGUGCGGCAACGACAAAAAAGACUUCGAUAUAAAUAAUGAAGUGUCAAUGUGGUUUUCAUCACUUUACUGGAUUAGCGGGAUAAAGUUGAAUCUAAAAUCGAUCGUGCAAGGCACCAAAGUGAUUGUAUAUCCGGAAUUUGAUGAGGAGAUGACGUGUCAAUUGAUUGAGAAAUAUAAAGUAAAAGUGAUUUUUUUAAGCUCGAGUAUGAUUAAUCGGUUUCUCAGAGCGGAUUGUGUAAAGAAGUAUUCAUUAUUAUCUUUGAAAGUCAUAAUUUGUAGCGGUGCAAUAAUCAAGCCAAAAACACAAAAAGAAAUGAGACGUAUUUUACCGCAUGUUCAAAUAUUACAAAUUUACGGAAUGACAGAAAUCGCUGGAGUUGGGACAAUGCAGCUUUUGCAUCACAAAGAUGGGUCUUGCGGAACGGUAGUUGAAAAUGUGCAAAUGAAGACCGUAGACCCAGAAAACGGGAAAGUCCUUGGACCGAAUAAACCAGGAGAAUUAUGGAUAAAGACGGCUUACAUGAUGAAUGGCUACUACAGGAACCCUGAAGCGACAAAGAAUACUAUUGACGAGGAAGGAUGGUUGCAUUCGGAUGACAUCGGUUAUUUUGAUGAAGACGGGGAACUUUUCGUUAUCGAUAGGAUAAAAGAGCUUAUAAAGUACAGAGGAUAUCACAUCUCACCUGGGGAAAUUGAAGGUGUCUUAUCGUCACAUCCAGCUGUAUUAGAAGUUGCAGUAAUAGGAGUGCUUCAUGCAACAGAUAAUGAACAUCCUCUUGCUUAUGUUACUAAAAGACCCGGUGCAAAGGUGACGGAGCAAGAAUUAAUAGACUUGGUGACAAAUAAUAUGAUGGAUCAAUAUAGACUUCGUGCUGGAGUUAUAUUUUUGGACGCUUUACCCUAUACAGAUACAGGCAAAAUUGCGAGAAAAGAAUUGAGAGAAAUGGCUAAGAAACUAGCCGUCGAGUAA